AUGUCUGGUGCUGCCAGAAUACACACAGGCUGGACGUUGUUUGGAGACACCGUGCAAUGGAACUUCAACAAGAACAACCCACAUACUAAACAGCCCUCUUCUCAAAUUCAGGAGUCCCAGGCCAAAAAUAUGAGCCAACUGCUGAAUGUCACUAUAGCAGGCAUCAACGCUGUACAAACUGUCGUACCUAGUGACCUGGCGAAAGGUAUACUCAGAACAGUCGCCAAUAUCCUGAUGGUUGUGCAGUCGGUGAUCAAGAACAAAUCUGAUUUCCGGGCAAUAGUCAAUAAAUGUAAGACCAUCGGGGAAAUCCUCAAGAGGGUGACCAAAGACACUACCAACGACAAUCUGCCAAGAUAUUUGGUCCAUGCUUUAUUGACACUUAAUUCGUCAGUUAACGAUAUCAAUAAUAAGGUGGUCUCAAGGAAGGAGCAAGGAUUGUUGAAGAGGUUCUUCUCUGCCACGAUUGAUCGCGACCAGAUUGCUAGUUGGGAAAAGGACAUAGGCAGUGCCCUCAAACUCUUCAAUACUGAAGCGAUUGCUGGCAUUGCCAUGAAGGUGGAAAGGCUUACUUUGGGACUCGACAGCAAUACAACUAGUGCCAAUGUUCUAAAGUAUCACUCAAUCGAGCCUCCAUCACGACCUUCCAUGUUUUAUGGCCGUGAUGAUCUCGUGGCGGAGUUGACGACCCUCGUUGUCAAUGGUGAACACAUUGCAUUGAUUGGUCUGGGAGGCAUGGGAAAGAGUUCCCUCACCAAAGCCAUCCUUCACGAGCCACUUAUCAUCGAAAAAUUUGCUGAUCGGCGCUUCUUUGUGGCUUAUGAUGAUCUAGAUCCUUCGACUAUCACAUUUGAAACUUUCAUGACUCAUUUCGCGGGAGCCCUUGGUAUAGAGAUCACCGGUGCUGAUCCUUUGCGCUCGAUAUCCACCUUUCUUCAUUCCGCUAGUGCCCUUGUCGUCCUCAAUAAUGCCGAGACCUUCGAAGAGGCCAGUGCAUUGUCAGCGCUCGAAAAAAUACCACCAGCAAUUGCGAAGAUUGCAGACAUCCGUGGCGUCAUCCUGAUCCUCACGUCACGCAGUCGAAGGAAUGCAACAGAUGUAUUAUGGAGAAUGAUGGACAUUCCGCCAUUGGACUUGAGUUCUGUGGAAAGAGUGUUCUUUCAAACUUAUCCUUGCACCCGUUGCAGCGAUGCCAAGGAAGAAAUAAAGGACCUACUCAGGGAGUUGGAUUUUCACCCUCUUUCCAUUAAUUUGCUCGCACACACUGCGCGGCAAAAUGACUUGUCUCCAGCCAUACUACUGAAGAGAUGGAAUGAUCGGCACAGCGCCGUGCUCAACCCCGGCAAGGGAAAGCUGCAAAGCUUGUCAGACACCAUGCAGCUAUCACUCAACUCGCCAUCCAUCCAGGGUCUUGGCGAGGAUGGUUGUCGUACUUUAGCCAUAAUCGCCUUCUUGCCCCAGGGUCUUAAUGACAACCUGGCUGGCGAUUUGUUGCCAUCGCUCCAAGAAAUCAACACUAUAUAUUUGUUGCCAGUACCUGACCCCACACGUUUGCAAGAAAUACGCACCUUCUACUAUGGCACUGUCCAGCAGUGUUCGGAAGAACAAGACGGUCAUGCUAAUGUCAUUAUCUCGGAUCACUUCAACAUUGAGUGUGUCAUUGCUUUCGACCUCGCCCAUAUCCCUGAAGAGACUUCUCGCACUUGCUCAAAAUUUUUGGCUUGCUUGAGGUGUCAUCUUCCUCACCCAACUACCCUAACCCCCACUAUUUUGGAUGUCGUCAAGAACUCCUCCACGUAUGAGCUCAAAGCAGACUGCUUGUGGCAUCUCAGCUGGCUCUACUUCACUCUCUCCCAGCUCACAGACUCAAUGAAGAUUCUCAAAGCUGCUAGGGCACUCUAUCUCGCCACCGGCAACCACGAAAUGGUAGCUGAUUGUGUUAUCCACUGUGCAGACAUAUACAUAAGUCAAGGGUGCUACAUCCAAUCCCAACAGCUUUUAGAGGGCUUUCAAUGCUCCGUGUCGUGGGAGUAUCUUACAUCAGGAAAUUGA